CAAAUUUGGGAAUGGCAAGAAUGGAACUCGCCCAAUCGCUACAUUAGAUUGUCCGAGUAUCCGUACAGAUACGAUCGAGACAUCACCACGAACCUAGUCAUCGCUUCAACGAAGAAAGAUGAUAUCUCCUGGACAGAGCACCUCCGCGUACCGGGUCUCAAUGUCGUUCGCUAUGUUAGCGAUGAUCCGUCUGCAAAGUUCCAUCCUCCGGUCGCGAAAGGCCGCGAAGCCUUGAUGUACUUUACCUAUCUCUACGACUUUUACGACAAUCUUCCCGAUAUCAGCAUUUUUAUUCACUUCCACGAAAGCGAAUGGCACAUCGACAGCCCUUUGAAAGGCUCUAUGAUCUUUACACUUUCAAGAUUAGACCUUGAGCAAGUCUUGAAGAGAGAAUACUUCAAUCUAAGGGUGAGCUGGAAAGAUGCUUGUCCCGAUUGGAUAAACACUACAAAUACGGUAGAAGAGACGACGAAACAAGAAGAGCCGUGGGUAGCGCCUGCCAUGCGAGCGAACUUUGGAAAUGAUGUCCAGGUUCCAGAGAUAAUCGCGGGACCAUGCUGCUCGCAAUUUGCCGUGACACGCGAAGCGAUUCGGAGGAACCCGAAAGAGCAGUAUAAAAGACAUAUGGACUGGCUGAUCGAGACGGACUGGCCAGACUGCAUAACAGGUCGCGUUUGGGAACAUAUGUGGCCUUGGCUGUUCAAAGGCGAGGCUAAGGACUGUACAAUCGAAUGGAAAGCCCUGUGUCAGAUGUAUGGAAUAUGUUUUGAGAGCGCAGCGGCUCUGCAGAAAUACGAGAUAGUGUGGGAAAACCGAAAGAGUUUGAGGGAAGCGACAUCAUUCUUUAAUGAGCUGUGGUUACCUAGUGCCGGGAAAAGCGCGAGAAGAAAGAUCAGGAACUUUGAGGGGUUCAUGGAUAGGAAGAUCGAUGAAGCUAUAGAGAGAGGGAAGGAUCCUGCGGUGAGGCGCGACGGCCUCGGAGACAUGUAUACCGACCAUUAGGGACGAUUGCUGAUCAGCUUCGUUGUGUGAUGGCCGACAUGCGCUGUGUGUUGCUGGCCGCAGAUUUCCCCAGGUCACCCACCUCACAGCAUCUAGUCCAGAUCCUCCAAGCCCAAGGCAAUUCUACGUG